UCUGCGGUGGUCCUUCGGGCAUGCGAAGUGUACGAGUAGGUCCUCGCUGGCGGGGGCGGCGGCGGUGCGGCAGCGGCCGCAGGUACGGCGGCGGCCGGCGAGCGCGCCGCGGUGACCGAAGAACCCCCCCCGCUGCCCGGUACCGGCGCCGGCGCUGCUGCUCGGCGGUUGACCCAUACGACGUUGUUGGUGAGGGCGAGGCGGCCGGUGUCAGCGCGGAGAACGACGGCGGUAGCCGUCGGUUGGUUGUUGGCGCCGUAGAAGCAACGCACGGAUUGGACGUCCGCUUUGAUGGCGCGCUUGACCCGCAUCAUCCCCUCCUGGAAAAAAGGGACGACGUUGAGCGGCGGCUUCCUGCCGAAGAAGACCUCGAACGGCGACAUCCAGCCCUGAUUGGCCUUCGUCGCGGAGCGGCUGAAACAACCGANUCGGCGACGGCGUUCUGUUUGGGGGUGUCGGGCGCGGUGUACUCCCGCCGGAUGCCAGCGGCGUCGCAGAACUUGAUGAAAGCGGCGCCGGUGAACUCGCCGCCGUUGUCCAUGCGAAAACAUCCCGGAGUGCCCAUGCCGUUCAUGUCGGCCAAGAAGGGCUGCACGUACUUCAGGGUGUCGCUCUUCGCCCGGAUCCCGUACGCCCGUUGCCACUACGACGCGCUGUCCACGAACAUGAUGAGAUACCGGGAGCCGUCCAUCGCCUCGGUGAACGGGCCCGUGAGAUCGAUGUGGACCUUGCGGAACGGCACCGCCGCGCGUGUCCCACGCCGCGGCACCGGGGCCCUCCUCCCCUUCGCCUCCACACAGCCCACACAUGGCUGCAGCUCCACGACCAACCGAACACCUUGCUGCUUGGCAGUUUCACGCAUCAAAAAUUCAUUUACGUGGCCGGUGGAAGCGUGGAACAGAUUAAUAUCGAUGUUUGGCGUGGAUCUACCGAUCGCAAACGGGGAAGCACCGGGGGCGAUAAUCGCCAACGCGUGGGAAAGAGACGGAGGGGCUGCGGCCUGCUGCUCAUUGCACUCGGAAAGAAAACCUCUCAACACCUCCACAUCAUCAUGCUGCACAGUGAAAGCCAGGGGAGGGGGCUCCGCAGACUCAGAGAAUUCAGCGCAUCCGGAAAAAAAUCACCCGGGGGGACCGUGUCUUUGCCAUCCAUCAACCCAACAUCCAGAAACAUGCUCAUGUCCAUGAUCGGUAAUUCGUCCUGAGAGACAAAGGGGUUGAUCUCGAUCUCGCGAAAGUCUGUUAGCUCUACGGCAGGGGGAGGCACAAUCGGAGACGAUUCUACGGCAGCCGUAAUCACAGGCUGAAAAUCAGGGGUCGUCGUGGAUAUUGGGUCUCAGUCGACAGACGGAAACGCACAAAUCGGCCGCACUACACCGGAAGUGGUGGAGGGGACGCUAGGACACGAAGGUACUACACCGUCGGAUCCGGUGGGCUGGACGCCAGAAGUCCAACGUACAACGCCGACCGAUGCGACGGACUGGAAGCCGGGAGUCGAAGGUACAACGCCGACAGAUGCGACGGACUGGAAGCCAGAAGUCGC